AACAUGCACGCCUAGCAUUUCCUGGUACAGGUAACUCCGUGGAAGAGGAUCGGUCACUCCGGCAAACCUGUCUUACAGGUUCAUAGUUAAAAGUUUAUAUAUAGAGUUGGGCUCCGCGUUCUGCUCUCCAUUUCGAGCGAAGUGAAUCACACCUAUACGGCACUCUGCACACCAGGAGUAGACAUGAAGAGCCUCGUCCUCCUUACGCUUCUGAUUUAUGUGGAAUCCUCUUUACAGUCUUUAAGUCGCCCGAGAAGGACAUGGAUUAUUGAUUCCAUAAUGAUUGAGGAAGAGAGCCAAGGCCCAUUCCCUUAUACUGUGGGAUCUAUUAAACUUGAUCGGAAGUAUGCAGUUGAGUUCAGUCUCAGGGGACAAGGUGUGGAUCAGGAUCCAAUUGGACUGGUUGCCAUUGAUGAAUAUGAUGGGACAAUUAAAGUAAAGAGGAAAAUUGAUCGUGAACAGUAUCCCAGAUUAGAUCUUACAUUUGAAGCAAGAAACACUUCAAAUAAGAAAGUUGAUACAAGACUUGGAGUGGAGAUUAAAAUCUUAGACAUUAAUGACAAUGCUCCUGAGUUUCGGCGCAAAGUUUAUAAUGUUUCAUUAAAGGAAAGUGAUAAGCAAGGCAAACAGGUUGCUAUGGUACAAGCUGAGGACAUUGAUGAAGGCAAAAACAGAGAAUUUCAUUAUUCUAUCAUUUCUCAGCGUCCAGAAAGCAAUAAUGCCCAGUUCUUUAUAGACUCUAAUACAGGAAUCAUCUCCUUCCGAGGAUGCCUUGAUUAUGAAGCAGCAGACAAGUACACACUUAUAGUUGAAGCUAAGGACCAUGGUGAAAAAGUUCAGCUUUCCAGCUCUACAACAGUCAUCAUUGAUAUUAUCGACGAAAACAAUAAUAAGCCAACAGAGAUUCUUCGUAUUCCAAAUAAUAAAGUGAAGAUCAAUGAACGAGAGACUAACAUAGAGAUUUUAAGAAUUAAAGUGGAUGACAAAGACACGCCGUUUACACCAGCUUGGAAUGCAAAAUACAUCAUUGAGCGGGGAAAUGAAAAUAAAAACUUCAACUUCACUACUGACCCAAAGACAAACGAUGGAGUGUUGAUGGUUGUCAAGCCACUAGAUUAUGAAACUGCAAAAAACAUCAAUUUCAAUUACAAAGUGGAGAAUGAAGUUCCCUACUUCUGGUGUAAGGUGAAGGAAAGGACCCCAAACAGUCUUUGGCAACUUGAUAAUUAUAUAGAACCUCGCAGUGGUGGAAACAACAUUUUAAUUGAAGUGCAAGAUGUCAAUGACCCCCCCAACUUUGUACCACCUAUUAAUCAAAUUCAUCUGGAAGAAAAUGCCCCAGUUGGGACUCUCCUAAACACUUUUACAGCUAGAGAUGAGGAUGAUCAACUUAUAAACGAUUUUGUGUACUCAGUUGCAAAAGAUGAUGCUAACUGGAUUUCUAUAAACCCUAAAACUGGUGAAAUCAAGACAACCAAAGAACUGGAUCGGGAGUCUCCUUUUGUUAUUAAUAAUACAUACACAGCCAUUCUGUAUGCUAUUGAUAAUGGAAAGCCCCCUGCUACGGGAACAGGAACUUUAGUUAUUAACCUGCAGGAUGUCAACGAUUGUUUACCUCGUCUUAACCACACUCACAUUACCAUGUGCCAGGGGAAAACAGCCUCCAUGGCAAACAUCUCCGUAAUAGAUGAGGACCAAGAGCCAUACUCUGGACCUUUUACAUUCACUUUGCUUAACAAAGACCAGUUAAAAAACAAAUGGAGACUUGAUUCAAGUUAUGGAUACACUGUGCAUCUCAUCAAGGGAAGUGAAGUAGUACUUGGCACUUACGUUCUUGAAAUGGAAAUCGCUGACCAGCAGGGUGAAACUGUCAAACAGAACUUAACUGUCAUUGUGUGUGACUGCACAGGUGACAUUCCAAUUUGCUCAAGGUCCAUGCAUACUGGGCUUACGUUCAGUGCCAUUUAUAUCAUUCUAGGAGCAGCAUUGUUUUUGUUGGCGGCCUUACUUGCUCUCUUUGUCUGCAAAUUCCACGCUCCAGAGGCAGAAAAAAUAAGUGAAGAAAACAACUGCUACAUGAUAAAUUAUAAUCAUGAGCAAAAGGGAACUGAUCCUAUGCUGGAUAAACUGCUGCCAGGUGUUAAUGAGAAGAUGGAUAAACUGCUGCCAGUUGUUAAUGAGAAGAAUGGCAAAAUUAAUGAAAACCACAUUAUCGCCUACAAAGAGUCGAAGCAACAAACUCAUCUUCAAAGCUCUAAUAUUCAACGGAAUUAUCAAGUAAAUCAGAACAUCUAUGACAAUCAUUUUAGUGGAUACCUUUUAAAUGCCACACAGACUAUAAAAGAAAAAAACAGGACUUUUGCAUAUCAGCACAAUCAUGAUGUGAACACCCUGUGGGCUACCAACCGUAUUUUUUUAGAAAAGAAAGUAUAUAAUGAUAACAGCAAUUGUUACGAGGAGUACCAGCCCCAUCAAUACUCAGAGGAGGACGAAUCAGCUGUUGGUGAUUUGGAUGCCAUUUCCAUAAAAGAUCCUGAUUUGACACCCGAUGACUUGGAUGAACUUGGACCGAAAUUCAUGGCUCUAGCAAGCAUUUUGACUUCUGAACCAAAGAAGGCUUAAAAGCUUCCCAGUGAAAUCCACAUUCAGAUGUAUCUACACUUGCUAUUGCAGAUGUGGAGCAAAACGUUUUUCUGUGCUCACAUGCCCUUCUUGCUUUUAUAGAAUUACUUUCUUACAAGAAAGACUCGCUUAUAAUGUAUUAUGGGCUGCAAGUUGUUAAUGUACUUGGGGACUCUUUUGUGAAGUACGUUUCUCAUUUUGCAGGAAUUGCAAUUUACUGCUAAGCUGCUGUGCUCAGUACUUUAGCAUUAAGGGAAAUAUAGUAAGACCUACGUUAGUUGCUCUCUUUAUAACAAUACAUCUCAGAUCACUCUUGUCCUGGGCCUAAAGUUAUUAACUGACAUUACAUUAAUGAUGUCUAUUUAGGCUCUCAUUUUAUUCUAGAUUGCAAAUGAAGCAUUAUAGUUUAAUGAUUUUAUUGUUGACUUCUUCUGUUAAAAGAAGACUUCUCUUUGUCUUUUUAAAACUUCUGAUAUAUAAAUUGUAUAGUAAUGGUCAGGUGACAUAUUUAACUAUGCAGUGGUGUCCAUUAACGUCAUGCUAAAUGCACUGUAGGAGUGCUAAUAUUUUAAUACUGUCUUGUUGAAUUUUUAAUUAAGGGAAAUUACAACUUAUAUUUAUUCAACCUGCUCCUAAGCAGUGAAUUUCAGAUCUGACUUCCACACAAUGAGGAUUAGUAAUUUUAUCUGCAGGCUAGAAGGUGAAUUUGCCAACACAUAAUAUGUAUGAGAGAGAAUGGGGAGCCUAAAUAAAAGUAAUACUUAUGGAGUUCAUAGAGCUCUGCUUAACCUCCAUGGAAAUGGCACAGUCCAUUAGAAACAGAUGUUUGACAAAUGACAGGAGACCAUUCAAGUCCGUCAGCCUUGUUAGGAUAACUAAGUUGUCCCACUAUCUCACGUAGUUGCUUUUUAGAGGUUUCUGCAACGUAUCAGUUUGUUCCAGAUUCCCACAACCAUUAUGUGAAAUAUCGACAGCAGAUAUUAUUAGGCCGCAAGAGCCAGCAAAACAGUACAACAAGUCAAGCUCAUGAAGCAUGAUUGUCAUGAAAAUAAAUUUAAUGGAAUAUUAAAAAAAAAUGUGAAAUGAACAAAAAACACAGUCUUUCAAUGUGAAAUUAAGUUUUUUAAUGUGACUUACAUAGGUAACAUAUUUAUUGAUCAUAAAGCUGGUUUUCCUUCAAGAGAUCAGUCUUUGUCUGUCUUUUAGCAAAAGCUUACAGUUAAGACUAGCACUUUACAGUUCAUUUAUACUGCUAUUGCAUUUAGUGAAGACACAGAUCAUUUUCUUUAGUUUUUCAUUAGGUCAGAGAUUUUCUUCUAGAUAAAUUACUUGGAGUUUCUGAACAUGGACAGGUAGCCAGCAUGUUGGUGAAAUUCUUAUAUUUACUGUCAGCCUGUAAUUAUAAUUAUUAUACACAAUUUGAAAUUCUACUUGGAGUGACUUCAUCAUAAUAAUUAUGUUUAAAAAUUAUUGUUAAAAUUAAAAAUGUAAUUCAAAUUUUAAAAUCAUAUUUAAACAGUAAUUAUGUUUAUGUUUUAAACAGUAAACUGUUUUAGAGCAACACGGAUGAUUACAUUUAGGUUAGGUAAAUUAAUUGGAAAAUUACAUGGAAAUACAUUAAGUGGCUGGUUUCAUUAUUUUACUUUUUAUUUCUGGAUUUUUUUAUCCUUUUGCAUGUUUAAUUCUUUUUAAAACUGAGGUAUUUUUAAGAACGAUUACAUGUUUUAUUGCACAACAUAAGGGCCAGUGGGUCAGUAAUGACAAUUAUUAUAUAAAACAGAUGAGGUAUUAAGAUUUUCACUGGUAGUGUUUAAAAUGGUGGGAUUUUUUUAUUUUAUUGUGCUAAAGGAAAAUAGCUUUUGUCACUUGUAGUUGCUUGGCUUUAUAAAGCACACAUUUGCUUUUAAUUAAGCUGUACAUUAAUGUUCAAGUAGACUAUAACACAUAAAAGAAUGGUGGCCAUUAAACGUAAUCACCCUGUUUAGCUAACUGGAGCUCAGCAUGCAGUAUACACAUUCAGCUAUGACCACACAUUAUAUCUCCUCUAAUGCAUUGAUAUGCCUACUGUAUAUCGGGACUGUCCCCAGGUUUUACUACCUGAUUUAGGUGACAUAUGUUUUAUUUUGUAAUUCUCUAGCUCAUAUAGAUAGUUUAAGUUGCUAAUCCAAUAAAAAAGCAAUGUGCCAGGCUAUUGUUUAAGAUUAAGCCUACUAUUUAUUUUUUGAUACGUUUUUAAAACAUAUCGUCCAGAUAGUACUAAUAAACAACUUUGAUACCAAAUGUUAAAUGCUGACAUCUGACAUAUACAUGUAUGGAACCUGACAAUUAGAAUUAAUGGAUACUUUCUGUUAGUGAUUUUGUAAAAUAUAUCUGUCCAUUGCACACACUUAAUCAAGUGCAGGGUCAUGGAAAACAGGGGCUUAUCGCUGCCACAUUAGGGGCAAGGCAGGAAUAAGUCCUGGAUAAGGCAUCGAUCCAUGCCAGAGCACAGUUAACACUUAAACCCAAACUAUGGGGCCAUUUUAAAGACACCAAUUAACUUGGAGACGUGUGAGGAAAGCCAAACUACCUGGUGAGAAACCCAGCCAGACAGUGGAGUAUAUAAACUGCACACAGACAGAGCUCAGCUGCUUUGUAAAUGAUGCAGAGGUUCAGAAUGAUCAUAGCCUUGUUUAAAAUUGUUACUUUAGUAUAAUAAACAAACAUUUUUCAAUUUAUGUUCAUAAAAGAUGUUGACUGUACAGCUGUAGUAAAUGUAUCUUAAGUGUUUUUUCUGUUCUGGAACAGGCCAGCCUCAUAAUAUCUGUGACUACCUUUGUUUGUUACAGGUAUGCUGAAGCAAUGAAUUCUAAUUUUUGUACAGUAGUACAUUGACUGAUGCUUUCCUUUGAGGUGGUGCCCCUGAAAUGCAUCAUUUUUAUUUAUCUACUACUCAUAUUAUCCAUUCAAAUUUUCGUAUCUUGUGCUUUAUUAUUACAUGCAUCCUCCCCCCAUAAUUAUAAUGACAAGUUGUCCACAGAAAACUGGCAAUUCAGCACUGUAAUAACUAUCAGCUACUACUAUCCACAAUGGCACAGCACUUUGCUAGUUACACCCCAGUGCCCACUUCGGUUAUUAAUUCUGAGUUAAUUGUUCCAUGAAACAAUACUGGGGUAUAACUCAGGAAGAUCAGCCAUCCAAACAUGAACAGAUGCCCCUACACAGAGAAAUAUUAAUACUGGAAACAACUAACAUUGCCAUGAACAGAAUAUUUUUGUACGUGAGCAGGACAAGAAUAAGUGUUUAUGGAGUUUUUGCGAAGGAAGUAAGGUAACAGUCAAGACAGUGGUCUGUAAAGCCGAUCUUUGAAUGAGACCGUUAUUUUUUUUUAUAGUGCAAAACAAACUUUCCUGUAAAGCCAUCCACAAUUUUUUGUCGUAAGCAGUAAAAGUUGUUUGGUCCUUCAGCAAAGUUACAUGUAGGAAGAAGUUGUAAGCAUAUAGUAAAGGCCUCACUUAUAGAAAAUUCUUACUUCUCGAGAUGAUGUAAUGGGUGUUAGUAAGGAGAAAUUCAGACUUUGGAGUUUAUUAAUAGUCUUUAGAUGUCACUAUAGACUAUAUACAGUAUAUAAAAAGGGCUUUGGGGAAAUGCAGAGCAGCACUUUAUAUAUGGCCAUCAAGAACAAUGUUGAACCCAUACUGUACUCUUUAAAUGCCUCUUGCUGUGAGAACCAAAAACACUUUCACUGAGGAGAGUCCCUUUCUGGUUUUUACUGCAUUCCUUUCCAAGCUCUUUCAUUUUCUUUUCAAGAAAGCAAUUUCUGAUAUUUGAAACAUUUCAGAACUGUCCGUUUUUUGUACUAAUAUUACAUUUGGCACAGAAGAAAUUGCAUUGAGUUCAUUAAGGCUUUCUUGGAAACUGAGGUAGAAUGGAUAUUCUAAAGAUUGGCAAAUGCAAAUCAAACAUACGGAAGUCUAUUCUAAAACUGAAAUCGUUGUUGUUGGGUGACUGCAGGCAGCUACGGUGUAUCCUGUUUCAGGUUUUUUUCAAGCCAGUAUUCUUUUACUAAACCUGAACAUGACAGUGUCUUAGAAGGAGUGCUCACCACUACAUCUUCUCCAUGUGCACCAACAUGGAAGUUGACUGUCAUUAUCUCAAACCUCCUAGCUAGAUGGGAUGUAAAUGACACUCAGAUGGAGCAACUUGACUGCUUCUUUGAAAAUGGUUGUCUUGAAGAGUGACUAUGCUUAGUCAAUUCUUGAAGUUAUUAACUCGGUGGACCUUUGGCCCAUGGCAUUCGCACAGAAGAACACACCACAGCACCUACUUGGGAUAAAAAGUCAUCUUUUAUAUAAAUUGUUCCAGACUUUCCGUUGAUAUCCAUUAUCCUUGUUCUUGUGGAGUGUAUUUUGUCACUUUUAAACGUUAAUUUCACUAGUUCUGGUGACUGAAUCAUUUGGAAAUACUCAUUUAAGUAAGUGGGUGUCUGCAGUUUUAGUAUUUGCUCAAGUCCAAAUGAAUAAUUAACAUCCCUCAAAGCAAACAGAACUUGUAUAUUAUACAAGCCUGUUUCAAAUAAUUAGGUUAAAUCUAAGUCACUUCUGAUUGGCUGGAGUAUUAAUAAACAUUUUGUCUUGAUCUUUAUUUAAAUUUGUAGUAAAUCAUAAAAAACAUCACCUGCUUACACCAAUAGCAACACAUAAAGUGCUAUCUAUCAAAUUGUUCAAUUCAAGAAAUGAGCAAACUUCCAAGCAGAAAAAAAGUUGCGUCCUAUAAAAAGCUGAUGGAUGUAAAAAGUUUGGAGAAUGAUAUCACAAAGCUUCAAGAAAAAAAUGAGCACUUAUAGAAUUAUAUAUAUUCAAGACAAAUACACCAUUUGCACCAUACUAUAUACAGUGCUUUUCUUGAAAAGGACAAAACCAACACCUAAUGAUUGUGAUAGCGCAAGACAUAAAGUGGGGAUGUAGUGUAUUAUGUGACAGCUACAAAUCAAUAUCUGUAAAUAUUUUAUAUAUCUAUACAAGUUUAAGCAUGUAAAAAAUAAAAAUCAUAAUUUGUUAGAUUUAGAUUUCUGUCUGUAUUAAAUAAAAGCAAUAUACAAAACAAAGUGCAGUACUUCUUGAAGCCAAAACUAUCUGCAAGUACUACCCGUGUUAUUUUGCUUAUAUUUGGUGAUGCUUUCGUUUUUUUAUGGAAACUUUACUUUCAGUUUUCUUAAUAUUAAUGAUAAUAUAAAAUGCUGAGAUUUCAGAAAUGUGUUGGGAUAAUUGACAUUAAGCAUUAAAUACAGAUCAUUCUUUUGUAAAUGUCACUUUUCUUGAGUAAAUAAACCUGAAAAAGAUGCUGUAAACA